AUGUGCACCCUUCACUACUCCCCGAACGACAAAGCGUUUGAUCAUGGAACCGUGCUAUCUCAAACACCACGCCCGGGAAUACCAGUACCGCCCGGUUGCACCGUCAAAGAACUCACAGAUCUCCUUGCCCCAAUUGGAGCGCAGAUGCUGGUACAAAGCCUAAGGGACGGCCUCUACAAACCACCGCACCAAAAUAAAGGAUGGAAGGGUGAAGAGCUCGAUCAAGGGCAGCUCACUCAUGCACCAAAGGUCAGCAAAGCUGAUGGACACAUCAAGUGGUCCAGCUGGACUGCGGAUGACAUUGUACGGAGGGUACGAGUCAUGAAGUCGCUUUGGACAGAAGCUAUCAACAAGAAGGGAGAGACAAAACGCCUGAUUUUUUCAGAUGCCGAGGCCAUAGCUCUUGGCGGUUUCAAUGGCAAUGGUGCCACAGUUCGCUUUGUGGAAGGUCAAGGGUCAGGAGUAUUCAGGACUAUUGUGUCAGACCAAGGCGACGGUAGUUACGCCAUUGCUACUUCAGACGACAGAAUGAUUCGAGUGAAGAAGAUCAAAGAAGAGGGUAAGACGGAGAGGGAGGCUAAGGUGACACUAAGGUCUUAUAUCGAAGCGUAA